ACAUGACCACGCGUUUCUGCGUCAAAAGUCAUAUAUACAAACCAGGCAUCGUUAUUCGGGUGAUACUUCAACAGCCGAAUUUCAUACCUAGGCGGCUAAAUGCGAAAUAUAUACAAAUCUAUAAAGAGAAGACAACGAAGAAAAUAAAAAGACCAAACAAUCCUUUAACCUCCAAGACCCAACCAGCCUUGGAAUCAACUCUCAGCCCCCAUCAAGCCCGCACCAUGAACUCAUGGCAGAUCACAGUCACCAUGGCCCCCUCCCCCUCACAUACUAUCCUGCCUUCUGCCACAAGAUCUCGCCCACCUUCUUCGCCUGGGUGAAAAUUGCUGCGAUCGAUAUGCACCACCUGAAACUCCGACCGGGAUUCGAAGGUCAAAAUAUCUAUUUCUACCUCAACCACCCCAUCCAAUUCAUCUGCGCAGCCGGCAUCAUCGUCGCGCGCGACGAGCAGGAACGCCGUUCAAUCCUCGUUCUAGACGAUAGCUCCGGCGCCUGUCUCGAGGUUGUCUGUUCGAAGAAUGUACAGGUACCUAACACCAAUGCCAUCACCACCACCAACAACAGCAACAGCAGCAACAACUACAAUAAUAAUAAUACGUCACCAACGCAGCCCACCCACCUAGCCUCCGCCACCAACAGGCCUCUCAACAUCACCCCGCUGCUCCCUGGCGCACGCGCAAAGCUCAAAGGCACCAUCUCAUGUUUCCGCGGCAUGCUCCAGCUCCAUCUCGAGCGCUAUGAAAUCCUGCGCGAUACGAAUGCAGAGGUGCGGUUCUGGGAUGAGAGGACGCGAUUUCGGUUGCAGGUGCUCAGCGUACCGUGGGUUGUGGCGCGCGGGGAGGUGGAGAGGUUAAGGGUGGAGGCGGAGGGGGUUGCUGUCGCAGCUGCAGCAGGACGCAAGGAUGGUGAUGGGUAUUUGAAUGCGGAUGGGCAUGUGGUGGCGCGGAGGAGGAAGGCGGAAAGGGAGCGGGAGAGGGAAAAGGAGAGGGAGCGGAGGAGGGGGGAGGGGGAGGAGAGGGAUCGGUUGAGGAUUGAGAAGAGGUAUGAGAGGGAGGAGGUGGUUAGGGAGAAGUUGGCGAGAAGGUGUAGGGAGAAGAGUGCGCUGGUUAGGAGGGAUGGGAAGAGGAGGAAGAGAGUUAGACAGGUCGAUGUGUGAGUUUGGGAAAUUGAGGUGAGAGGGGUUUGGAUAUGCGCCAGUCCCCUAUUUAUUAUACCCCAUUUCCUGGCCUGUGAAAUGAAAUGUGUAGUAAGACUAUUUGAAAGGUAGGAAUCGAGAAAUAUUUAGUGUUGUAUCGCUAUAAGUUUUCGCUUGUUAUGGGUAGAAAGGAAGAACUUGAAACGUCCCGAGACAAUAUCAUUAAAAUGCAAGGAUAGAUUUAAGUCAACACAUGGCUGAAUAUAUUAUUACCAAAAAAUCCGGAAUCAACGAAUCAACGUGCUCCGACGAAAUAAUAAAAUUCACCAACUAAAAGUACCCCCAAAUAUCCUAGAAAUAGAACUUAUUAAAGAGAGCCCAAACGUGAGUAUCGUAAUAG